AUGGUUGCCCAAAGGUCUCAUGAGAUAGACAAGAAAAAAAACAAGAAGAAAGUGGAGGAGGUGCUAGAAGAGGAGGAAGAGGAAUAUGUGGUGGAAAAAGUUCUUGACCAUGGAGAAGUAAAGGGCAAAGUGGAGUACCUCCUCAAGUGGACGGAGUUCUCAGAUGAGGACAACACGUAGCCAGAAGAGAACUUGGAUUGCCACCUCAUUGCUGAGUUUUUACAGUCACAGAAAACAGCACAGGAGACAGAUAAAUCAGAAGGAGGCAAGCGCAAAGCUGACUCUGAUUCUGAAGAUAAGGGCGAGGAGAGCAAACCAAAGAAGAAGAAAGAAGAGCCAGAAAAGCCUCGAAGCUUUGCCCAGGGUUUGGAGCCGGAACGGAUUAUCAGAGCUACAGACUCCAGUGCAGAGCUCAUGUUCCUGAUGAAAUGGAAAAACUCUGAUGAGGCUGACCUGGUCCCAGCCAAGGAAGCCAAUGUCAAGUGCCCCCAGGUUGUCAUAUCCUAUGAGGAAAGGCUGACGUGGUAUUCCUAUCCCUCAGAGGAUGAUGACAAAAAAGAUGACAAGAAUUAA